CGAGUCGACCCCCACAUAUUGUAGCAAAACAAGCACAGAUAGCUAGUUUUCGAUGUGACUUACAGGUGACCAUAAGUGAAACAUUUCCUCUCGGUUUGACAUGGCAGAGGGAAGCGGGAACGUGAGUGUUGUUGGACCGGCCAACCUUCCUCCGGGAGACCCACAGCUCAUCGGCAUGAUUGUGGAGCAUCUGAAGAACCACGGGCUUUUUGACGAGUUUCGUAGGGACUGUCUGGCCGACGUUGAUACAAAGCCUGCCUACCAGAACCUGCAACAGAAAGUUGACAACUUCGUCACAUCGCAGCUGAGCACACAGGACUGGAAUCCAUCGAUCAACAAAAACCAGAUGAGGAACGGACUGAGGCAAAGUGUAGUCCAAUCUGGCAUGCUGGAGUCAGGUGUGGACAGAAUCAUUACUCAGGUCGUGGACCCAAAGAUGAACCACACUUUCAGGCCACACAUAGAAACUGCCAUCCAUGACUUCCUGUCAGGAGAAAAGAGAGAGGAGACUCCUGUGAGCUCUAAUUCUGCACCUUCUGAACAGACAGAACCACAGGAGGCGCCAUCUUCUUCAGGCCCUAAAACCCCCUACAUGCCGGGGAGCUUUUUCGCUGUGUUUUUUCUGCUCCUGGUCUGUCAACAGGUGCUGACCAUGGGACUGCAUGAUGUCCAGGAGAAACAAGUGAGCCAGGCCAAGAAACGCCUUUCUCUGCAGAGCACAGCUGAUAUUCAGAGUUGCCUGGUGAGUUCAGGGGAUGUCGGCUGUGGGACGUUUCAGUGUUUCAGCAACAACUCCUGUGAAAUCCAAGGGCUGCACCACAUCUGCCUCACUUUGCUGCACAACGCUGGGCGCUACAACUCACAGGGCAAGUCAUUUGUGAAGGACGGAUUGCGGUGCAUGGCACUAGGACUACGGCAGCGCUUCAGCUGUGUGAGCCGCCGGUGCUCAGCAGUCAAAGAGAUGGUGUUCUCACUGCAGAGAGAGUGCUACUCCAAACACCAGCUGUGCCUUGCACUACAGGACCACAUGGACACCAUGGGAAGCCUGGUGCAGUUCGACCUGAUGUUUCCCCCAGGACCUUACGUCGAGCUGAUGAACUUUCUGUUGAACUGUGGAGACGAGGUCAGGUCCUGGGUCAGUCAGCGGCUACGCAGACAGUGCGAGCAGCACUGGGGGGCGCUUUGCAGCAGCUUCGGCAGCACCUGCUCUCUCAGCCAAUCGGAUGUUCCGCAGCCCACCACCUCAGGCCCGCCACCAUCCACUGUGCCCUGGCCUAUCACUGCACAAGGACCCGCGCAGCAGCCAACCACAGUGGCUGAACAAGACAGGAGUCAGAUCGACAACGCGACUGAAUCUGCUCUCUCUGUGUUUGAUAAAUCCAAAGUCAGUACAUCAUAAACAGACAGAAGGGUUAGUACUAUUAUUUUAGCAAUAGAUCAGUGAAAGAAAAAGAUUAUAACUUAUUUGAUUUAUUGGAUACUUG